UGGUGGUGGUACAUUUUAUACAUCCAGAAUGUAGCCUAAGUGUUUACAAUUGUGUGACUUGCUAUCUUUCUAUAAUUGAUGAUGACAUUCAGGAUAAUAACAAGCAAUUCGACGUGUGGCGCUGUGCUAUUGUGUGUUCUAUGUGUGGAUUUUUGUAGGACCAGAAUUAUUCAUUUAUUUAUUAAUUUAUACAUAAAAAAAGUGUCAGUUUUUCAUCUCUGCAUAUUAACCAAAUAUUAUUUUUUCUCGUGGUGGGUGGCAUAGAAGGCGCUGGGUCUGAAAAUGUGCUACAUUUGUUUCAAGCCUUUACACGACUGAACUAGAGACGCUACGCAUGUAUCGAGUGUCGGUGGGAGGGAGAGAGGAGAAACCUUUGGACAUCCGAUAAGGGAUUGCAAGCGCUGUCGAGGGUGAGGCAUAAAUUGAGCCACCAUGACUGCCCUUAGGCAGAGGAAGGGCAGCAAAGGAAGUAAGGAGCCUGGUCCAGAGGUCCUGAACCAGAGGUUCUACCCUUCAGCAGAGCCCCUAGAGAGGACUUCAGACGGCGUAUGGACAUGGAGGACAGUGCUGUGGGUUGCCAUAGGUUGGACUGUGGGAAUUAGUCUUGGCAUGCUGUCCUGCAUCUAUGUGGCUACUCUCCAUGAAAAUGACCUGUGGUUUUCCAACAUUAAGGAAGUUGAGCGCGAAAUCUCCUUUCGGACAGAAUGUGGCCUGUACUACUCGUACUAUAAGCAGAUGUUGAGAGCUCCCUCCAUACAGCAAGGUCUUUCAGAGCUCAUCAAUGAUAACGCCACUGAAUCCAAGAGAACCAUCAACCUCCUGCGACGCAUGAACAUCUAUCAGGAGGUGUUCCUAGGUGUUCUCUAUAGGAUUCUACCCAUACAGGCCUACCUGGAGCCAGUGUAUUUCUAUAUCUACACAGUGUUUUCCCUCCAAGCGGUGUAUGUCAUAGCUCUGUUCAUCACCAGCUGGCUGCUCAGUGGUUCCUGGCUAGCAGGGGCUCUCACUGGAGUCUGGUACAUCCUCAACAGAGUGGACACAACGCGGGUGGAGUUCACCAUCUCGCUCAGGGAGAACUGGUCCCUGCCCUUCUUCGCCCUCCAGAUAGCUGCCAUCACUUGCUACCUGAGGCCUCACCUCAAACCCAUCCAGCAGAAGGUGGUGUUGUGGCUGAUGUUCCUGGCCACGUUGUGUUUCUGCCUCACCUGGCAGUUUAAUCAGUUCAUCCUGCUGGUUCAGGCUCUCAUCAUCUUCACCCUGGACUGUCUGGACCUCAUCUCCACAGAACAGGUGACCUGCCUGUACCUAGUCCAGGUAAGCAGCCUGCUCUCCGUGUGGCUGCUGCAGUUCUGUAACUCCAUGAUCCUAGGCUCUCUGGCUCUCAGCUUCAUUGUGGCCGCUCUCUUUGUCAAGCACUUCCAGAGAGGGCUGAAGACAGGUGGUCUCGCAGCGCGGCUGGGAAAGCUGCUCCUUCACACCGUCCUCGUCCUUGCACUAACAUUCACUAUUAAUUAUUUAGCCAAGCAAGCGUUGCAGCUCCGAUCUGACGAACACAUCUUUAAAUUCAUCAAGUCCAAAUUUGGCUUGGGGCCUACCAGAGAUUUCGAUGCCAGUCUUUACCUGUGUGAGGAAGCCUUUGGGCUGCUUCCCUUGGACACGUUUGACCGCUUGGCUGGCACUCUGCUGGCAUACCCUUACCUCGUCACCCUGAUUGUGCUCCUGGUGAAGCUGGCGCUGUUAACACUGGCCAACCUCUGUGAUUCUUCAGCGGUCGGGCGGCCGCCGAAAGGCCGGUUCGAGGAGCGGCCGAUCUGUAUGCGGGCAGAUGUCGCCUACAAUCUGUUACACACCGUCUUCUUCGGCCUCCUGGCGCUCAGCACCAUGAGAAUGAAAUAUCUGUGGACUGGCCAUAUGUGUGCCUUUGCUGCCUAUGGCGUGUGUGGCAAGGAGCUGUGGUCCCUCUGCCUAAACACGAUCCACUGUAACACUAAAACAAAGCUGAGGCUGAUCAGGUACACGGUUCCACUUGCCAUUCUGGGAUUUCUAUGUUACAAGUUCUGGCCCAAACUGAUGACGGAAGUAUCAGAACUGAGAGAAUUCUACGACCCUGACACCGUUGAGCUGAUGACCUGGAUUAGCUCAAAGACCCCCAAGAAGGCAGUGUUUGCUGGGAGCAUGCAGCUGCUGGCUGGGAUCAAACUGUGCACAGGGAGAGUCCUGACUAACCACCCACACUAUGAAGACCGAGCCCUGAGAGAGAGGACCAGACAGGUGUAUCAGAUCUACGCCCGGCAAUCCCCGGAGGAGGUCCACAGGAUCCUGCGCGCGGCGGGGGCUGAUUUCGUGGUGAUGGAGGACAGCGUCUGCUACGAGAGGAGGCAUGGCCGGGGCUGCAGGCUCCGAGACCUGCUGGACCUGGCCAACGGACACAUCAUGGAUGGCCCCGGGGACAACGACCCAGACUUGGUCCACGCCUCCCAUCCUCGCUUCUGUGAGUCCGUCAAGACAGGCGACCCUGCCUACACAGCCCUCUUCUCCCGCGUGUUCCAAAACAAGACCUUCCACGUCUACAAGCUGAAGAAGGGCAAGAAGAGAGCCAAGGCAGACAGAGAGCCGGUGGCCAUGGAGGAUAAAACCCAGUAAUAAGACCCUGGGUUACCCCAUAAACAACGCCCCACCCACCCAUAUCCAGCCCGCCGCCCAGUCUCCGACUCAGCCUCCUGCUCCCUGCCAAGUCGAUAACCUGAUGACUGCUCUCAGCUCUAUGGUCUACCCGACUUCAUCUGGAACCACGGCUGCACUCUCCCACCCGCCGCCCUCCCUCCUUCCAUCCCUCCGUGCGCCACGGCAGCCCGAGGCAGGUAAUCACGUCCGGCUGACACGGCGCUGAUUUGAGCAGCGUCUGAUUGCGGCGGGCGAGCAGAUGAGCACAUGCAUAUCAAACCAGGGCUUUGUGUCAGGAAGCUCAUGUUUAAACAGGAGAGGAUGGAUGACGGCACAUCACAACAACAUUCACGGCUCCCUCUCGCUUUCACCCAGACUAAAGGCAGAGCAGAGAAGAAAGGAGGAGGAGGGACCUUUGAGAGGGGGCUGAUUGAAAGCUAGAGCAGCGUGGGUAAUUAUUGCGAAGGCCAGUCUGGUCUCUUUGGUGGCCGGGUCUGCAGCUUGACUGCACAGCUGCACCCUGUGCCAUUUUCCUUCGUUUUUAUUUUAAAAACCGUGCCAUGUCUCGUCUCCACUUGUUAAUGAGGACUCCUCUUUCGAUACUCUCUCACUCAAACACAAGGUUCUGCAUACGUUGUCAGUUGCGGUGCAUCAAGGGGAAGUGGCAUUCUCAUUGUAAUGCAUAACAGUCAUACCACUGUGAAGAGGAUUUGCUUGUUCAUUCCGUUGCAUUGAAAUUGGAUGUUUAAUUUAGUUGGCUGACAAUUUUUUUGAUGAGGGAGAAGUCAUUCCAUUAUGUUUUCCUAAUAAGUGCAUACUAAUGUAAUGUUGAGCAUUGACAUAGUUAAUUUUCAUAUUUAUUAAUAAUUCAGUUUAGAUGCAUUGGUCAUUUAAAGCAACAGUAUUUUAAUGGAAAUUAAAUGAGAAAAUGUUUAUUAACUGUGUGUAUUCCCUCAACUCAACACCCCAUAAUCACACAGUAUUCUGUAGAAGGACUGCAUUGUGGGUAAAACGUGACCACUGGUCAAUGUUGAAUUAGGUGAAUGGUUAACAUAUUCAUGGUCACUGGUCUAUGGCUAACAUACAAAUCCAAAUAUUUCGAUUUUUUUUCACAUGUUGGUGCAUUACAACAUGUUGGUGCAUUACAACAUGGGAUUGAAAUAGAUUUGUAAUUUUCUGUCAUUGAUUAACUUUUUUUAAUUCCGAUUUUACUAAAAAAUUAAAUAACUAAAAUAUAGUUGUUGCACAAGUAUUCGCCCCCCUUUGUUUAGGCAGGCCUAAAUUAGUUCAGGAGUAACAUUUGGCUUAACAAAUCACUUAAGUUACAUGGACUCACUCUAUGAAAUAAUAGUAGUUGACGUGAUUUUUAAUGACUACCCCUUCCCUUGUCCCCCUGCUGCGUACGACAUCUGUAAGGUCCCUCAGUCAGGUAUUGAAUUUCAAGCACCGAUUCAACUACAAAGACCAGAGGGGUGUACUACAAAGCAAGCUACAGUAGAUCUACUUAGGGUUUUCUAGAGCUAGCCAGCUUCAGUUACUUUCCCAUUCCAGCUCAGGCUUCCAUCAGACCUACGAUGGGGGAUAUUGCUCGUCCGUCUGCCGCUAACUCGAGCAGGCUUGUAACUGCGUUUGUAUGUCGCACGUGGCUUGUCAAACACCAGACUUUUCAUUGAGACUGCGUUUGUAUGUCGCACGUGGCUAGUCAAACGCCAGACAAUUCUGAAACAUCAAUCCAUGGGAAAGUCAGUGCCACAUUUUCAUUUGUGCCGAAAUCAAAUUAAAAGAAAAGUUAUCUUGCAAAUUCAGCAGGCUUUCUUGUGAAAUAGACUUUUAGAAGUGCUGUCUGUAAUUUAUUACUUGGGUGUGGUUAUAAACACACAAAUACCUUUUCCCCCACUCCUAUUGAUAAAAUAAUUGUAUUAAGUCAUACAUGUUUUACUGUGCGUGAAGUUUCAAAUGCAUUUGUCAUUACUACAUUUGUAAUGUAAUAGGUAUUUUAAUAUGGUCACACUUUAUUUGGAUAGUCCAGAUAGUCCCAUCUGUAGAUGGUCAUACUGUCAAUAUGCUGUCAAGGUCAUACUAUCUGUUGUUAAGCGACUGUGGUUACGGUUUGGUGUAUGCUAUUGUUAGGGUUAGGGUAAGGGCUAGGGUUAGUAGAUAGUUUAAAUGUUACAGCUGCUCUACAUACCCCCCCUUUUAUUCCAAAACUAUAGUAAUACUACAACAACAAAAAAACAUGUCAAAGGAAUACACUUUAUGGCCUAAAUGCAAAGCCUUAUGUUUGAGGCAAAUCCAACACAACGCAUCACUGAGUAACUGUACAGUAUCCUUAUUUGCAUCAUGUUAUGGGUAUGCUUGACAUCGGAAGAGACUGGGGAGUUUUUCAGGAUAAAAAUAAAUAGGAUGGAGCUAAGCACACGCAAAAUCCUAGAGGACAACGUGCUUCAGUCUGCUUUACACCAGAUGCUGGGAGAGGAAUUCACCUUUCAGCGGGACAAUAACCUACAGUUGUGGACAGAAGUUUUGAGAAUGACAAAUAUACAUUUUCACAAAGUCUGCUGCCUCAGUGUCUUUAGAUAUUUUUGUGAUAUUUUUUAUUUAUUAUGGAAUACUGAAGUAUGAUUCCAAGCAUUUCAUAAGUCUCAAAGGCUUUUCUUGACAAUUCCAUGAAGUUGAUGCAAAGAGUCAGUGUUGACCCUUCUUUUUCAAGACCUCUGAAAUCCGCCCUGGCAUGCUAUCAAUUAACUUCUGGGCCACAUCCUGACUGAUGGCAGCCCAUUCUUGCAUAAUCAAUGCUUGGAAUUUGUGGGGUUUUAUUUGUCCACCCGCCUCUUGAGGAUUGACCACAAGUUCUCAAUGUAAUUAAGGUCUGGGGAGUUUCCUGGCCAUGGACCCAAAAUAUCAAUGUUUUGUUCCCCGAGCCACUUAGUUAUCACUUUUUCCUUAUGGCAAGGGGCUCCGUCAUGCUGGAAAAGCAUUGUUCGUCACCAAACUGUUCCUGGAUGGUUGGGAGAAGUUGCUCUCGGAGGAUGUGUUGGUACCAUUCUUUAUUCAUGGCUGUAAUCUGAGGCAAAAUUGUGAGUGAGCCCACUACCUUGGCUGAGAAGCAACCCCACUCAGGAUGCUUUACUGUUGGCAUGACACAGGACGGAUGGUAGCGCUCACCUUGUCUUCUCCGGACAAGUUUUUUUCCAGAUGCCCCAAACAAUCAGAAAGGGGAUUCAUCAGAGAAAAUGACUUUACCCCAGUCCUCAGCAGUCCAAUCCCUGUACCUUUUGCAGAACAUCAGUCUGUCCCUGAUGUUGUUCCUGGAGAGAAGUGGCUUCUUCGUUGCCCUUCUUGACACCAGGCCAUCUUCCAAAAGUCUUCGCCUCACUGUGCGUGCAGAUGCACUCACACCUGCCUGCUGCCAUUCCUGAGCAAGCUCUGUACUGGUGGUGCUCCUAUCCCGCAGCUGAAUCAACUUUAGGAGACGAUCCUGGCGCUUGCUGGACUUUCUUGGGUGCCCUGAAGCCUUCUUCAAAACAAUUGAACCCACUCUCCUUGAAGUUCUUGAUGAUCUGAUAAAUGGUUGAUUUAGGUGGAAUCUUACUGGCAGCAAUAUCCUUGCUUGUGAAGCCCUUUUUGUGCAAGGUAAUGAUGACGGCACGUGUUUCCUUGUAGGUGACUUUUGAAGCUUCCAGUAUGUUAUUCGAACUCAAUCAGCAUGGCAGAGUAAUCUCCAGCCUUGUCCUCAUCAACACUCACACCUGUGUUAACGAGAGAAUCACUGACAUGAUGUCAGCUGGUCCUUUUGUGGCAGGGUUGAAAUGCAGUGGAAAUGUUUUUUCGGGAUUCAGUUCAUUUGCAUGGCAAAGAGGGACUUUGCAAUUAAUUGCAAUUCAUCUGAUCACUCUUCAUAACAUUCUGGAGUAUAUGCAAAUUGCCAUCAUACAAACUGAGGCAGCAGACUUUGAAAAUUAAUGUCUCAUUCUCAAAACUUUUGGCCACGACUGUACAACGCAAGGCCAAAUCUACACUGGAGUUGUUUACCAAGAAGAUAGUAAAUGUUCUUGAGUCGCCAAGUUAGUUUUGGCUUAAAUCUGCUUGAAAAUCUAUGGCAAGACUUGAAAAUGGCUGUCUAGCCAUGAUCCCCAACACCUUGACAGAGCUUAAUGAAUUUAGAAAAGAAUAGAGGACAAAAAUCGAGGUGUGCUCAAUCCAGGUGUGCAAUGCUCUUAGAGACUUACCCCAAGAAGACUAAUUGCUGCCAAAGUUGUUUCAAACAUGUAUUGACCCAGGUGGGUGAAUACUUAUCUAAUCAAGAUCAAUUCAUGUUUUAUUUUCCAUUCAUCUAAAAAAUAUAGAUAUAUUAUUACACUUUGACAUUACAGUAUUUUGUGUAGACAAAAAUUAAAUCCAUUUGAAUCCCGCUUUGUAACACAAUAACAUUUGAAGAAAUCCAAGGGGGGUGAAUAAUUAUGAUAGGCACUGUAGUCUAAGUCCUGAUGUAAACCAAUUCAGACUUAACAGGGUAAUGUCAAAUGAUUCAAUACUGUAAAUGGUUAAUGUGUGUUAUUUUAUUGCAUAUUGGCAAUAUAGACUGCAUCAUGUUGUUGUUUAAAGAUUUAACAACUCGAGAAUGAAAGUGCCUUCAACAUUGUCUAUUUAAUCUCUGUGUUGGUGUAAAAUGUGUCUAGUGUUAUUGAACCGAACAGUUGCUUGCAGUGCUGAAAAAUGAAAUUCUAAAUUGUAUACAUGUCAUUUUCAUAGUUGUAUUUUGCAUGAUUUAAGCUUUGUUGAAACUUUACAGAGGAAAAUCUUACAGGGGGGGGUCACAUAUCAAAUAGGCAUCAUUUUGGGGAUUGAAUGCAGAUUGUUUACAUGAAUGUUUCCAAUAUUCUGUCGACCGCAUCAGAUUUUGUACCAUCUGAAAAGCAUUCCAAGUCAUGAUGACAAUUUUCUAUGGGCCAGUCUUCUUCAUUACUUAACACUGUGUUUAAUCUAGAAGACGCCCCUCUGCUAUUCUGGUGCUUGUGAUAUUUCCUCUCCUAUUGUUCUGUGUCUGUCUGUUCACCCAGUAAAUGGGUUGGUCCUGUUUUGACGUGCCUGUGGAGAAAUUGCACUAGUUGGUGUGGCAUAUCAUGUUUUAUGUUGUUUCAUCUUCCUUGUGAAUGCAGUUUACCAUUGAUCAGUGUUCCAUGUUCUUAUCGAAAGGGACUUUGUUUCCUCUGUUGCUUUGUAUAAAACAUUUUUUUUUCUCUUCA